AGGAAAACAGACAGUGGAAAACGGAGGACGGGCGUUAACCGGGAGCCAGGGAGCAGUCAGAAACAGGAAAAGAGGACACAAAAUAAAAGAAAAAAAUACUUAAAAUAAUGAAGCUGAGUCUACGUUCACUAAUGGUGAUGGUGCGCCAGCGCAGAAGCAACCAGAUGGUUGCUUCUGGAGUAUGUACAUAAUCAAUUACAAUUUCCUUAUAAUCGAUUACGUCCAUACUAAUUUUUUAGCUUAAAAUUAUUCAAUUCUUCAUAGGUAAUGUGAAAAGAAGCAGGUAUGUGUCAUAUGGUAGCAAAAUUAUUUGGACCUUGAGCGUUAACAUUUGAAUCACUCACUACGCUCAGGAUUCAAGUUACGCCCUCGCCUUAAAAUGAAAUAUUGCUCCCUCGUACCACAAUUUACUAUUAUGGCUCUCCUGGAAUACCUGGAAAGUAAUGUUUUGUCCCUGACUCCCAUUGAGCCUUCGUUACGGUGGUUGAUAUAUAUAUUUCCUACAAUUUCUACGGAACCGUCUUUUUAUUAUUUAUCAUUUAUUGACAACUUAGGGAAUAACAAGUGAUAAUAUAUCUUAUACCGAUUUGUCGCACUUAGUUAUCAUUUUAAGAUAAAACCAAGAUAGGUCAGGAGAUAGAUAGGAGUUAGGAGGGGGCCGAUAGGUUAGUAAAAACCACUUGAUUUGGAUGACGUGCAUACUACAAGAUCUACAUACGAACUCAUAAGAAAAUGUUGCAACUAAGAUUAAUUUUGGCAGUGUCGUUAUUUAAAAAUGUUAUUACUGAUCUGAGAGUAGACCCCCUAGUACACACGAAUGUGGGGUUGAUCAAGGGAUUAAAAGCAUCGGAUGGGGACUAUUCUAUGUUCUUGGGUAUUCCCUAUGCCAUUGUUGACAAGGGAAACCCUUUUGGGGCUUCUUUGCCUCAUCCAAAAUUUGAUGAAAUCUUUGAGGCAUACGACGACUCGGCACUCUGUCCCCAACUAAACGACAACACUAACACUAUAACUGGGACUUUGGACUGCCUCCACCUCAACGUGUUCACACCCAACUCUGCUACGUCCCUGAACCUCCUCCCAGUCUUGAUCUACAUUCAUGGAGGUUAUCUGCAAAGAGGCGCAUUUGGCCGAGGAACUUAUGGACCAAAAUUUCUCAUGCAACACGAUAUCGUGUUGGUAACAAUCAAUUAUAGAUUAGGACCUUAUGGCUUCAUGUGUUUAAGUACUCCGGAGAUCCCAGGAAAUCAGGGACUAAAAGAUCAACUGAAAGCUUUGAGAUGGAUUAAAGAUAACAUUGAAGCCUUUGGCGGGGAUCCUAGUCAAGUAACUAUAACGGGACAAAGCGCAGGUGCUGCUGCUAUAGACUUCCAUUUAAUGUAUCCAGGAGAAAGAUUGUUUAAUAAGGUUAUACUGCAGAGUGGUGUAGCAUUAACUCCCGAAAGAAUGAUUGAAUUGGACAAUGAGACACCUAUGAGGCUAGCUGAAUAUUUCGAAUUUAAAACUAGUGAUUUGAAUGACGCCUUAACAUUUCUAGUUACUAAAGAUACUAAUUCAAUAAUAGAAGCGACACUGGAACUUGGCAUUGGUUUUAGAGCGUGCGUGGAGAAAGAAUUUGAAGGUGUGGAAAGAUUCAUACCACAGCACCCAGCCACCGCCGACCGGCCGAAUGUGAAAAAUAUCCCAGUAUUAUUAGGAUCAGUUGACAAAGAAUUCUUGGCCUCGUAUGCCGACAAGAAAUCAGAUUUUUUUCAUAACCUCACCAUAUUUAGAGACUCAUUAAAUAAUGUUUUUGAUUUCGGUGACGAUUUGGAGGUAGUACAUCGAAACUUGAGAAACUUUUACGUGGGUGAUCACGUUAUGACAGAUGAGGACAAAUGGAAAGUGAUAGAUUUCAUGUCUGAUUUUUCAUAUGUUCAUCCUAUUCAACGAGCUAUGAGGAAGUACAGGCAGAACGAAGCGAGUAACAUAUACUUUUAUGUUUUUAACUAUGAUGGUGGUAGAAAUCUUGUGAAGUACAGGGACAACGUGAACGCGCCGGGAGCCACUCAUGCCGAUGAGUUGGGGUAUUUGUUCGACGUCUCUUUUAUUACCGAGGAGCCAUCGCCAGGAGAUCAGGCUGUUAUAGACAGAAUGACAACGAUGUGGACUAACUUUGUCAAAUAUGGGUAAGAAAUAUUUGUUAAGUAAAUAUAAAUUUUAAUGACGCCUAAAAGAAAACCGUCAAAGUAAUUCAUACCAAAUACAGUUUAUUCGCAAAACAAGUAUAUACAGGAUGUUUUCAGUCACCUUCAAUAAUUUUCUUUUACUGUGGUUUAUCACCAUGAAAUUGUGAAAAUAAAUUGGCUGAUGUUGAUAUUUUGUAUGGGAGUGUAUUUUUUUUUCGCUAUUUCGGUAUUGGUCCCAUAGUAAAAGUUGCUCAGUAGGUAUAACCUAUAUAUUCACGGCGUAACGUCACAGCUUGUCCGACGGUGGACGACUUUCAUUUAUCCAUAUAAAAUAAUUUAGAAAGCAAUGUAUAUGUAUGUGUGUGCUUUAACUCAAAACGUCGCAUUUAAUGACGCGACGUCACAACUGUCACAAAUGAUCACGAUAUACGGAAUACAUUGCCCCUCGAAAACAUCAACAAACAAACAAUAUCAUCAUUUCAUACCUACCACUAAAACCUACGUCUCGUUUAAGUUUGUGAUUAC